CCUUCUAAAAACUACAAUUUCGCCAUUAGUCAGUGACGCGCGGUCGCCUUGCAUCAGCGUGUGUGCGUGGACCGUAUUUACCGGCAAAGUUGUCACGUUCUAAGCCACUUUAGCGUGUUUAAAAGUAGACAUUUCCCCCAACCGAGUCAUCAGUCACCUGCCAAAUGAAGCUGUUUGUUAGCGAAGGCAACCCACACUGCCUAAAAGUGUUAGCCGCCUUAGAAGGAGCCGAAUUCCGGUGUGACGUCCAGUUUGUCAACCACGAAGAAAAAGUCGUGCCCUUCCUGAGCCGUCCAUCUUUACCGGCCCUGCUCUUUCCAAAUGGACAGUACCUUUUCAGCCCAAAUGCCAUAUGCCGGUACAUGUUUGAAGUGAGCGGGCAAGAGUGCAGCGAGGCUUGCGAUCAGUGGCUGGAAUGGGAGACCACAGAGCUCCAGCCUGCCUUGCUUCAGGCGCUUCACAUGGCCGUGCUUCGGGGGAAAGAAUCAGAGGUACCCAAAGUCCUCGCGGGGCCCCUCAGCUACUUGGACCAAAGCUUGACCAAGGCGACCACAUCCUAUUUAACUGGGGAUGUUGUUUCAGUCGCUGAUCUUGUUGUUUGUGCCGCGCUGCAUCCGAUUUUGUCUGCGUCAUCGCUCGCUUCAGGCGAGCAGAAGUCCGUGAGGGUUUGGUUCGACCGUGUGGCCGCCUCACGGGGCUUCGUGUCGGCUUCAAACAAAGUGCUGCAGGGAAAAGGCCUACAAGCGAUGAAGAGCUUCAUGCAGAGCAGCCAGUGCAGAGGCGCCACGCAGCCGUGCAACAGCGGCCCGACAGAGGGUGAGGAAAUGGAACGUGCGGUGUCACAGGAAGAGAUGGAAGCCGCUGCUCUCAAUUGGCACAAGGGUGUGAAUUCCGCUCCAGCACCAACAGACAGACUUCACCCAAUUCUGCCGCAGGAAGGCAGACGAAACAUCCUGAUGACCAGCGCGUUGCCCUACGUCAACAACGUACCCCACCUGGGCAACAUCAUCGGCUGCGUUCUCAGCGCUGACGUCUUCUCCAGGUACGCCCGACUGCGAGGCUGGAACUCGCUCUUUGUGUGCGGCACAGACGAGUACGGCACGGCCACGGAAAAUAAAGCCCGCGAGGAAGGCCUGACGCCGCAGCAGAUCUGCGACAAAUACCACGCCAUUCACGCCAGCAUCUACGAGUGGUUCCAGAUUGACUUUGACUUCUUUGGCAGGACGACAACCGACAAGCAGACGGAGAUAGCCCAGAACAUUUUCUGGAGGCUCCACAAAAACGGCUUCCUGGUGGAAGAGAUGGUGGAGCAGCUACGGUGUGAGAAAUGCCAGCGUUUCCUGGCCGACCGCUUCGUCGAAGGCACUUGCCCCUACUGCAAGUACCCGGACGCCCGCGGCGACCAGUGCGACAAGUGUGGGCGACUCAUCAAUGCGGUUGAACUCAAGGAACCUCACUGUAAAGUCUGCGGACAGACUCCAGUCAUCCGCUCGUCCAAACAUCUUUUCCUGGACCUUCCAAAGUUAGAGGCUCAGUUGGAACGCUGGCUGGACAAGUCCACCUGCAGCGGAGACUGGACUGCGAACGCCAAGCAGAUCACUCGCUCCUGGCUCAGAGACGGACUCAAACCUCGCUGCAUCACCAGAGACCUGCAGUGGGGGACGCCAGUCCCUCACCCGGACUUUAAAGAAAAGGUGUUCUACGUGUGGUUUGACGCCCCCAUUGGUUAUAUCUCAAUCACUGCCAACUACACAGACAAAUGGGAGCAGUGGUGGAAGAAUCCAGAUCAGGUGGAGCUGUACAACUUCAUGGCCAAGGACAACGUGCCGUUCCACAGUGUGGUGUUUCCCUGCUCCCUCCUGGGAGCCCAGGACCACUACACACUGGUCAAUCACUUGAUCGCCACCGAAUAUCUGAAUUACGAAGACACAAAGUUCUCCAAGAGCCGCGGCGUCGGCGUGUUUGGUGACAUGGCCAAAGACACGGGCAUCCCGUCCGACGUGUGGCGCUUCUACCUGCUCUACGUGCGUCCUGAGGGUCAGGAUUCGGCCUUCUCGUGGGCCGACAUGGCUCUGAAGAACAACUCGGAGCUGCUCAACAACUUGGGCAACUUCAUUAACAGAGCCGGCAUGUUUGUUUCGAAGUUCUUUGAUGGCUGCGUGCCCGCGAUGGAGCUGCUGCAGGAAGAUAAGAAGCUCCUGGCCGUAGUGGGCUGGGAGCUUCAGCAGUACAUCCAACUCCUGGACAAAGUCAAAAUCCGUGACGGUUUGAAGCACAUCCUCAACAUCUCUCGCCAUGGCAACCAAUACAUCCAAGUAAAUGAACCCUGGAAGAAGAUCAAGGGAGGAGAUGCAGAACGGCAGCGCGCGGGCACCGUCACCGGCGUGUCCGUCAACGUCGCCUGCUUGCUGUCCGUCAUGCUGCUGCCGUACAUGCCGGCGGUCAGCCAGACCAUCAGGGAUCAACUCAACGCACCUCAUUCUUGCGUCAGCGCCGCGCUGCGCGGCACGGGCGCCUUCGCUCGGGUCCUCGAUCCCGGCCACCGUAUUGGCACCGUGAGUCCAUUGUUCCAGAAACUGGAGGUGGAGCAGAUUGAAGCUUUGAAGAAGAGAUUUGGCGGCCAGCAGCCUGAAGACGAACUGCCAAACGAGAAGAUGGCGACUCCGAACGCUGCCGGCCCUCAGUCGGCCGCCGCGCUCGCCACCCCUGCGACGGAAGCGGACCCCGAGAAAGCCCGGCAGCUGACGCAAGCCGUGGCUGAACAGGGAGAAAAAGUGCGAGCCAUGAAAGCGCAGAAAGCCGACAAAACGGUGGUCAUGGCCGAGGUGUCGAAGCUGUUGGAGCUGAAGAGGCUGUUGGCGCUGGCGGACGGCAAGAGCCCCGAGCCCGCACCCGUCAAGGGCAAGAAAUGAGACGCGGUCGUAAAAGUCGCAAAACGGUAGAGGUGGUGCGAGGAGGGGUACGAGAUGCAAGGUGUGAUAGCGGGAAAGGGGGGGGGGGGGGACGAGCGUGUUAGCCAAAGGCAAAGCCGUGACGGGAUCUGAGACAACAGCGUUUAGCGCCGAGGUCGAAUGAAAUGCUCGUGAGGCCGGCGGGGAAAUGGAAACACAAAAGGGAGCCAAAUGAUUUCGGCUACACAAUGAAAGGAUUUGGGAAAAAUCCCUACACCAAGAGAAACUGAUUUGAUACUCUCCCUGUGAUACGCAACAUCAGCCUCUCGAAGUGCACAUUUUGAAAUGUUGAGGCCGCAUUAAGAAAAAAAAAAAAAGCAUAUCAAUUUUCCCUUUGAGAAAAUCUGCCUAGUGUGACGCCGGGACUUCUGUCAAUCAUGUGAACGCUUAAUAAACAAUUCUUGCCGUGAGCAAAGAAAAUCAUUUUUAUUGCAAAUUUUGGGGUUACAGCAACAGAUAAGAAACAUUAAUAACAUGAAUCCCGUCAAUCAAAAAAACAUGCAUAUUCAUGAAGAAUCAACAAUUUAGAUGACUCAAUUACAAAAGUAUAAAUGAACAGUACAAAUGUGUACAGUAAAUCUGAUUGAAAUUGUAUAAAAAUAGCAAGUGGAUAUAUAUAUGUACCGCAAGUUCCGCAUUGAAUUUAAAAACAGUUCUCGCGUUGAAUAAAAAAAAAACCUAACCUGUAGAAAUAUUCGUUGGGGGCAACCUGCUGUAUUAAAAACUAUGUGUGCAUGCAAAGGCUAAUAGAAAAAGCCCCAAAAAAUUAUUGUUGUACUCCUCUCAAAGCAAAAGGUGGGGGGGGGGGGCAUAUUCAAACGUUCCUGAGCUGCUCCUCUCACCACAAAUUGGGGCAAAUAAUCUCUGCUAGCCAUAUUGCAGCCCUUUUUUUUUUUUUUUUUUUUUAAAAGAGGAGUUACAAUGUACAGUAUUGCAAAAUAGCGGGAAAGCACAACGAAAUAAAUGCCCUCAACUGAAUUCCUUUCUUUCCAACGUGCAUUCGUCAAAUCAUCCUUUCGCACGGCGGCGGAGUGACUUCACGUUACAGACCUUCGCCGCCCGCCGUGCGAUAAACCACUUUAAGAGCUUUCCUGUUCUUUUGCGUUUCACGUGCUGAAUCGUUCUAGUUUGCUGCAGUGAUGUUCCCGCUUUUCUUCCAACUCUGCCUUGACUUUCAUCAUCUUUUCCAUACAUUUUACAAAUCUCUUUGGUUUUCAUACCUUCCGGUCUUAGGACACACACACACACACACACACAAACAAAC